AUGGACGCGUUCGCCCGACGCGACGCGUGCGACGCCGCGCGCGAUGGAAAUCUCGCCGAGCUCGAACAUUUGUGUAAUCAUCACGGGGCGCCGUUUGCAGUCGCGGCGACGAUCGAGGCGGCGAAACGAGGUCGGGUCGACGUCAUCGCCUGGGCGUUCACCGAGCGCGGACCGGUGAACGGGUUCGACAUCGCGCUCGGGGUGGCGGAGCGGGAGAACCAACGCGGGGCGGUGGAGGUGUUGAAGUUCAUCAAGAUGAACAAGUACGAGCGGCGACGGGCGAUGAGCAAGGCGGACUAUUACGCGAGACGCGGCGGGGCGGAUGAAAAGGCGCUCUUCGCCGCGCUCGACGCGAUUUGGUUCAAGUUGUACAAGACGCACGCGUUCGAUCGAGACGACGCGCGAGCCGAGAUGCACGUGAUCGAGGACUUUGAGGACGAGGACGAGGACGAGGAGCCGACGCGGGCGCAGUGUUUGGCCAGGAAGAUUUUGCACGUGAUUGACGCCGAAAAAGCAGCGCUCUCGAGCGCGACGUACGUCGCGUUGUGCGACGCGCUUCGUGAAGUCCACGAAUUGCGCGUGCGGAAAGAGCCAAAGUCGUUGUUCGACGGUGUUUUGUUCGGCCCUGAAAGGCUCUCGUUUGAAGACUCUCUGUACGACGAGCACAGAUAA